AUGAGGGCGUCACGAGAGAGGGAGAGAGAGAGGGAGCGCGCGCGCAGUUGUGUUUGUGUGCUUCGCCGUCUCCGCUGUCUGUGAGGAUUUUUCAGCUCCUCUUUAAAGCUGGUUCUCUCAGUUCUUCCGGAAAGAUGAGCUCGUGCAGCAGUAGGGCUCUCACUCUCCUCUCCACGGUGUUUGGGGCGUGCGGGCUGCUGUUGGUGGGGGUUGCCGUGGCAACGGACUACUGGCUGCUGAUGGAGGAGGGCAUCGUACUGCAGCAGAACCAAACCAUCGACGUCAAGAUGGCACUGCACUCCGGCCUGUGGAGAGUGUGUUUCAUAGCAGGUUCGGAGAAAGGACGAUGUGUGGCCUCAGAGUAUUUCACAGAACCAGAGAUAGAGAUCACAACAGAAAACACCGCAAAUAUUCUCAAAAUGGUGCGAACAGCCACGCCGUUCCCCAUGGUGUCUUUACUCUUUGUAUUCACCGCCUUCAUCAUCAGUAACGUGGGACACAUCCGCCCCCAGCGCACCAUCCUGGCCUUCGUCUCCGGAAUCUUCUUCAUCCUUUCAGGUCUGAGUCUGGUGGUGGGCCUGGUGCUGUACAUCUCCAGUAUAAAUGAUGAAGUGAUGAACAGGCCGAGAGAGCCGGAGCAGUUCUUCAACUAUCAUUAUGGCUGGUCCUUCGCCUUCGCCGCCAGCUCCUUCCUCCUCAAAGAGGGUGCUGGUGUGAUGUCGGUGUAUCUGUUUAUGAAGCGCUAUGCGGAGGAGGAGAUGUAUCGUCCUCACCCUGCGCUCUACCGCCCCCGUCUGUCCGACAGCAGCGAUUACAGCGGUCAGUUUCUGCACCCGGACAGCUGGCCGCCGCCUCAACGUGCUCGCAGCGCCUCAGAGCUGUCCAGUGACGUCUCCAUACAGCUGGCACAGAACCCUCAGCCCCCGCCCAAACCCGGCGUCCAGCAGGGGCCGCCGCCCGCCAGCCUGACCGCUGUCUCCAGCCCCGCCUCCGCAACCGCAUACCAGCUCCAAUCACCCAACGCCACGACAACCUUUACCCACAACCACCCGCUGCGCCCUGCUGACCCCCAGGGCCUGGCCAUGCCACCCCCCGCGGUGCCACCCCCACACUACCACACACAUAUGCGCAUGAGCGCCUCUCCCUGUUAA